AUGUCCCAACACUUGAAGCAGACGUUCUUGGAUCGCGAGGCACAGGUCAGUCUUUCUGCGUGCACACCUUUUAACUUUUUCUCGCUGCCACUCAUCACUGACGCCACACACGCCUUGCCGAUGCUUUCCCCUCGGACCUCCCAAACCACCUCACCACCAUGUCAAAAUCCUCCUACAGAACUCGCCCGCUUUCGUCACCUUCGUCACAGCGGGCUACCCAUCCAUCUCGCAAACGGUGCCGAUCAUGCUCGCGCUCGAAGCGGGAGGAGCGGACGUGAUCGAACUCGGCGUCCCCUUCACCGAUCCUUUGGCAGAUGGCAAGGCGAUUCAGAUGGCCAACAAUGCGAGAUCAGAUGUAGCUCGUUCGAUCGAGGGACAGUGAAACUGAUUGAUUCGAUUCGUGCUCUUCUGGCUAACAGCGAGCGAUCGAGCAAGGCGUCGAUUUCAAAAUGUGCCUUUCGUUCGUCGAGCAGGCGCGUCAACAGGGGCUCAAGGCGCCUGUCAUCCUCAUGGGUGAGUGGUGCACAAAUCAGACACCGGUCACACGUUGGGCUCUCCAUGUUCGGGUAUGCGGACAUUCCGCUGACCCCCCCCCCCCCCCCCCUCUUCCCUACUCGAAUCUCCUUUCCUUGACCUUCCUUCCACCUUCCGAUCCUCUGUCACCCAUCUCCCCCACCUCGACAGGCUACUACAACCCCCUCCUGGCUCACAGCGAACAACGAGCGGUCCAAGACGCCAAGGCCGCCGGUGCGAACGGCUUCAUCAUCGUCGACCUUCCCCCCGAAGAGGCCGUCGGCUUCCGUCAGCAGUGUGCUCAGGAAGGGUCCGUAUCCGAUCACGUGCUCUUGUCUGACCUUUGACCCUUUUUCGAUCGGGCUGAUCAAGUUAUUCGGUGUGAUUGCGAAAACACAGGUUGUCGUACGUGCCGCUGAUUGCACCUUCGACGAGCGAUGCAAGGAUCAAGUUCCUGGCUUCCAUCGCCGACAGCUUCAUCUACGUGAGUAGAGAGGCGUGGAUCACUCACCUUCUUGAGAGCGCCACUGACGCGUUCAGCACCACCUACAGGUCGUUUCCAAGAUGGGCACGACCGGAGCCAGCUCGACCGUCUCGACCUCGCUAUCGUCCUUCCUCGAACGCAUCCGUUCUUUGCUCCCUUCCAAAAUCCCCCUUGCCGUCGGUUUCGGUGUCUCGACCCAGGCCCACUUCCAAGAGGUUGGCCGCGACGCCGAAGGUGUCGUCAUCGGUUCCCAACUCGUCGAAGUCAUCGACAAGGGUCAAAAGACCUCGGACGAACAAGCGCUCAAGGACGUCGCCGCUUACUGCGCCGAGGUCUCGGGUAACCGCGUGCGUUCCAAGGCUUUGGCCGAAUUCAUCGCCAAAGUCGACGCGAACGAAGUCAUCUCCGAACACAAAUCGACGGCCGCUCGGUUCGGCGCGUUCGGAGGGGCGUACGUCCCCGAAGCGUUGUACGGUUGCUUGGAACAGCUUUCGAAUACCUACGACGAGGCGAGGAAGGACCCUGCGUUCUGGAAGGAGUGGGAGGGCGAGUUCGGUUACAUGAAUCGACCGAGUCAGUUGUACGAAGCCAAGAGGUUGACCGAGCUUGCUGGGGGCGCGAAGAUCUGGUUCAAGAGGGAGGAUUUGAACCACACCGGAUCUCAUAAGGUGGGUUUGUAACGAUGUCCUACAUCGACUUUCGGACCUUUUGGACUGAUGUUGAGGCUUUCAUUGCCAACCUACAGAUCAACAACGCGAUCGGACAAGUCUUGCUCGCGCGACGACUCGGCAAGAAUCGCAUCAUCGCCGAGACGGGUGCGGGUCAACACGGCGUCGCAACGGCGACCGUCUGCGCCAAGUUCGGCCUCGAGUGCAUCGUCUACAUGGGCGAGGAGGACGUGCGUCGUCAGGCGUUGAACGUGUUCCGCAUGCGCAUGCUCGGUGCCAAGGUCGUUGCCGUCGCUUCGGGGAGUCGAACGCUCAAGGAUGCCAUCAACGAGGCGAUGCGUGAUUGGGUUACCAACCUCUCGUCGUCGCACUACAUCAUCGGUUCGGCGAUCGGUCCCCAUCCCUUCCCCACGAUCGUGCGCGACUUCCAAUCCGUCAUCGGUAGUGAGAUCAAGUCCCAACUUGCUGGUCUGACGGGCAAGCUCCCCGAUGCCGUCGUCGCUUGCGUCGGAGGUGGCUCCAACGCGAUCGGUACUUUCCACCCGUUCAUCAACGACAAGUCCGUCCGCCUGAUCGGUGUCGAAGCCGCCGGAGAAGGCAUCGACACCGCUUUCCACUCCGCGACUCUCUCAAAGGGAACCCACGGGGUCUUACACGGUGUACGCACCUACAUCCUCCAAUCGAAGCAAGGCCAAAUCAUCAGUACCCACUCCAUCUCCGCCGGUCUGGACUACCCCGGAGUCGGUCCCGAGCACAGUUGGUUGAAGGACUCGGGUCGAGCCGAGUACGUUUCCGCGACGGACGAACAAGCCCUUCGAGGAUUCCGCAUGUGCGCCCAGAAAGAAGGCAUCAUCCCCGCUCUCGAAACGGCGCAUGCGGUGUGGGCCACGGUGGAGGAAGCGAAGAAGAUGCCCAAGGAGGCGAACAUCGUCAUGUGUUUGAGUGGGAGGGGCGAUAAGGACGUUCAGGAGAUUUCGGAGAUCUUGCCGGGGAAAUGGGCGGACAAGUUGGAUUGGCAUGUCGAUGGACAGGCGAAUCAGGUCGUUGGGUAG